UCUAGCCACAUAUGCUGUGUGUCCUGAGACCGGCGUGUCUGUCUCUGUGCUCGCAGUUGUCCACAUAUGCCUAGAGAAAGAUCUCAUAUUGUACUGAGGACCCAGAGGAGGACUGUCCUGGUCCCAGGAGAGGGGCUUCCAGAGACACCCACAACUCAGAAGGCCUUGAGCUGUACAGUCCUGGGCCAGAGGGCCAGCAGGGGGGAACAGAGACAUGUGCCCAUGUGUGUGUAUGUCCGUGCCAGGCCUACCCAGAGUGCCUGGUGGUGUGUGUGCAUUUUCCCACACACACACACCUCUAGGAGCCCUAAUGCCUUGGGUGCUCUUCUGAGGGGCUCUGUGUGUCUAGGCAAACAGCCCAGACGUGUAUUUCUCAGUACUUAAUAGGUCCCAGGCCACAGUGGUUCAGGAGGCCUCCAGGCAGGGCAUGGGGACACCCAGAAAGCUGUCCAGCUGUCAGACCACCCAGAGGAGGUGCCUAGAGGUGCCCAGAGGGAAGCCGAUGCUCCCCCCAUCACCUCCACCAUCCCCAGGCCUCCUACACUAGUGUCAUGGGUGGAAGCUGGCACAGGGUCCCCUCUGUUCUCAUCCUGGUGCCUACAGGGCAUCCACAAACUAGGCAGGCCAGGACGAGGGCUGGCCAGAGCCCCAGCCUGCCAGGCAGAGGUGCAGCUCAACAGCCAGGGAUGCAGAGCCCAGAGCUCCACCCCCUCACAGCCUCGCUCCUCCAGCCCCCUGCACCCCCUGCCUGGCCAUCCAUCUCCCUGCGGCCAUAACUGCUACACCGCUGCCUCCUGGUAUUGAGCGGCGAGAUGAGAAGGUGUGAAGGAUGCCGGGGCACCAGGGACGGGCUGGCAGGCAAGAUGGAUGAGAGGCCAGGGGGCCAGGAGGCGCCUCUGGCAGGAAGGGCCGGGCAGGAGGGAGGGGCAGGCAUCCGUGCAGACAUUUCUGCCACACAGAUGAGGGGCGCCCACACAUAUCAGGAGGCAGGAGGACCCCCAGCCGGGCUGAGGAGGAGCCACCGAGAGUGGGAUGAAUCCCCUGCCCCCCGUCAUCUCUCUCAUUCCCCACCUGCCACACUGUGAGUCCUGGGACAGGGCAGCGCGGUCACACUUCCUUGGUGGCCCCUGGGAGCUGCUGGGACGCACCUCUUGCAUAGAGCCCACCUAACUGGGCGUGGGUCUGUGCACCGUCGGCUCUCUUCCCCUUGGGCCAGCCCACUCUCUCUGUGUGGGAUCCUCCCAGCUCAGCAAGUGGCAAUGUGGGGGAUGAGGGACCGAGCCACAGGGAGGCGAGGGUCUGCCCAGGGAGAGGAAAGCAGCCCCUCACGCUCAGAGGAAAGCAGCCCCUCCAGCGCUAAGCCUCUGCGGCGCACCCUUUUCAGACAUCUCAGCAGCCCCCUCUCAAGGCAGUCUUGGCCUUGGGGAUCCCCCUUGAGCACACGCACCCUGGCCUGGGAUGCUCCCUCAUGGAGUGAGCUGACCCAGGACAGUCCAGCCGGGUGACUUACUCUGGGCCACUUGGCACAGGUCCGAUAGCACCCUCAACCUCAACCAAAGGACUGGCAUUGGCUUAGGCGACACCGCACCCUCCCUGUCUCCCACAUGCUUGGCUUCGGGACAGGUGGGGGCAGCCUGGAGAAGGUGCUCGGUCAGGCUGGAGAGGGACAGAGGACAAAGUGAUGUCCACCCAAGGUCUCUGACAUGGAUCAACUCAGAGUCUCCACUCACGCCUUGGUGGCGGCUACAGGGGCAUCAUCACCCCAGGACGCUGCCCCCAGCUCCAGAGGGGGAAAGCUUACUGCUCCCCAGGCUGGGCUGGAUCACCCCAGGCAGAAAGGAUUAUGCACUGAGGUUAGUCAGGGAAACUGAGGCACAAGGACUGCCAAGGACCACCCAUUGUUUCCCCAUUCAUGGGGCUGAACUGUCAAGAGGGCCUGAAUUCCUUCCCACCUGGACUAGGGGCUCCAUGAUCGGCUCCUGACGUUGCCGGCCCUGUGUUCCCUGCACCCCUUCCCUCCCUGAUCACACCCACAAGCCCUGCAGGCCCCGCUGGCCAGCGCAGUCCAGGGGUCUGGUCUUGGAGGGAGGGCACCGCCUCUGCCAUUCAACCCUCAUCUGCCGGCGCUACUGCUGCCUCCCAACCUCCCUAAGGCCUCGUCAGCCCCAGCCCCUCCUGCCGGCCAGGCCUGGGCCCCUGUGGACACCCAGCUUGUCCUCAAGAUGGGGACCCCACCCCCACCUGUGCCUGGGCCCAUUGAUCAGGAAUAGCUGGGGGGCUCUCAGCUGGGAGGGGAGGAAGCUGAGGAGGGAGACAGGAGGGAGAGAGGGGGGCUUUGCCACGUCAGAACCUUCCCACCUGCCCCCCUCCCACACGGGCCCACCCCGGAGCUGGACCAGCCCAGCUGGUGGCCCAGCCUCAGACACUGCGGUCUGAAGGCGGCUUGGAGAAGGGCCCAGCAACCCCACAGCCAGGAUCUCACCUGUGAAGACCAGGUGCCCUGCUCAGGUGGGAUAACCUCAGCCAGGGGCCGUGGGCAGAGGGCGAUUGAGGAGGGAAGGACAGUCCUGCAGAGAUCGAAGACUGCGCUUGCCUGAGAGCUGAGCAGAGGCGCUGGGGACAAGCGGACCAAGAGCACCUGGCCACCGAUCCUGGCAGGCGGGGCCCUUGAGUGGCAGCUGUACCCCUGGCCCAGCUGAGAGGCUUUCUCCAGGAGGUGGACAUCCAGGCUGUCCCCAUGGCAGCCUUCCUGUCUGCUGGCCUCGGUGUGCUUCCGCCCUCAGAGACCUACUCCCUACCUGUGAGCAGCUCCAGCUGGGAGUCCCCACUGGGGACACCAUUCGCAUCAGGCCCCUGCACCAGCUCCUCAGAGGCCCGAGCCGUGGCUGAGCUCCCCGGCCAAAGCCCCAAGAACCCACGCGUGUCUGGUGUGACGGUUCAGCUGGAGAUGAAGCCUCUAUGGGAGGAAUUCAACCAGCUGGGCACUGAGAUGAUUGUUACCAAAGCGGGCAGGAGAAUGUUCCCCACCUUCCAGGUGAAGAUUCUGGGCAUGGACACACUGGCCGACUAUGCCCUGCUCAUGGACUUCAUCCCACUGGACGACAAGAGAUACAGGUACGCCUUCCACAGCUCGGCCUGGCUGGUGGCGGGCAAGGCUGACCCAGCCACUCCCGGCCGUGUGCACUUCCACCCCGACUCACCGGCCAAGGGUGCCCAGUGGAUGCGCCAGAUCGUGUCCUUUGACAAGCUCAAGCUGACCAACAACCUCCUGGAUGACAACGGCCACAUCAUUCUCAACUCCAUGCACCGCUACCAGCCCCGCUUCCACGUGGUCUUCGUGGACCCACGCAAGGACAGCGAGCGCUACGCCCAGGAGAACUUCAAGUCCUUCAUCUUCACGGAGACCCAGUUCACAGCCGUGACGGCUUAUCAGAACCACCGGAUCACCCAGCUGAAAAUCGCCAGCAACCCUUUUGCCAAGGGCUUCAGAGAGAGUGACCCAGACUCCUGGCCUGUGGCUCCACGGCCCCUGCUCCAUAUCCCAACCCGGAGUCACAGCAGCCUCAGUCCCUGCCUGCUGAAGAGCGCCCGAGAGCAGGACAAAGACCUCAACAAAACUUCAGCCUCCACCUCCAGGACCACUGCCCGGCUCCACCAACAGCUGCUGCCUCCUCCUGAGGCCCUGCUACCCCCAGCAACCUCCAGGCCUCUCGCUUACCAGGCCUCAUACCCUGGAGCCCCAAACCACCUUGGGAUCCCAAGGACCCGACCAGCACCGUACUCCAUCCCCAAUAUCCGGGCUGAUGGGAAUCAGGGAGGCCUGACCCUCCCAACUGGGCUGGGGCUCCUGUCCACCACCAUAUGCCUGCGGCCUGGGCAGGACUCUCAGUGAUGGCAGAAGCCCUAAGCCCUCCUACUCUGGACCCUUACCCGGUGAAUCAGCCUUUGCACCUUCUCAACCCCUGCUCUGCAGAGACCUCUUCUCCCAAAGAAAGCAGCGAGAAGCCCCCAGAGGGAGGCUACCUGCCCAGUCACAGCCAGGCUGGGACAGUGCCAGGACUGGAAUCAGGCCUCCCACCUCCCACCCCAGUAACUGAGAAUGCUUCCCCUCCUGCGAUUCUUCCAAACCGUUUUACCUCUCCCUUCCCCUCAGCAUUAAACCGUUUGGCAUGA